AUGACUCGUCCAGUGAGCAAGAUGUGGGAAAAGUACUGCCUGCGCCCAACUCACGGGUCCGUUUCCACCCUCCCAGUCUUCAUCUACGGGACAGCCUGGAAAAAGGAGAGCAGCGCAGAUCUAGUCUAUACCGCUAUCAAGGCGGGAUUUCGAGCGGUAGACACAGCCGCCCAACCCCGUCAUUAUCAGGAACCUCUGGUCGGGGAUGGCAUUCGCAGAGCUAUUGCCGAUGGGAUCGUCGAUCGGGCAGACCUUUAUGUGCAAACCAAAUAUAGUCCUGUCUCGGCACAGGAUGUGGAAAACAUGCCCUACGACCCCUCGGUGUCGGUCACCGAGCAAGUCCAUGCAUCUAUCAAGUCAUCCCUACAUAAUCUGCGCGCAGCAGAGGACCCCAGAUCAGUGGAUGAGGCCUACAUCGACACUGUCGUCAUUCAUUCCCCGCUACCGACUUUGGCCCAGACGCUUGAGGCAUGGCAGGCGUUGGAGACCUAUGUGCCCCACCGCAUUCGAAACUUGGGUAUCUCCAAUUGCACAAUGCCCAUGCUCAGAGAGCUGUGCAAUUCAUCCAUGACAACAGUCAAACCAUCGGUUGUACAGAACCGAUUCCACGAGGAUACUCUGUUUGAUGUCCCCAUGCGUGCAUUCUGUCGCGAUAAUCAGGUCGUGUAUCAAGGCUUCUGGACUUUGACAGCGAACCCUGACCUUGUGCGUUCCCUGCCGGUGCAGCAACUUGCUCGCCAUGUCAGAAUUACACCUGCUGCCGCGUUCUAUGCACUCAUCAUCGGCCUGGGAAAUCUCACAGUAUUGAACGGAACCAAGAACGAGUCGCGCAUGAAGGAGGAUCUGGCAGCCCCCAAACAGGUAGAGGAGUUUACUCAGAAGCAGCCGGAUGAAUGGAAGCAGAUUCUUGCAGACUUUCAGGGCUUGACUGGGGACUCGUUAGGUCUUUAA